AUGGUGGUCCCCUCGCUAGUGCUCACCGUCUUUGCCCUUGGAGCCAUUGCACUGGUAUUCCAGUAUGUUGUUGCGUACCUGAAUUCACCUCUGAAGAGUAUCCCUGGCCCGUUCCUGGCGAAGUUCUCAAACAUCUGGCGCUUGUACAACCACUACGGACAGACGCACAUCGAGACGCAGAAAGAGCUGCACAAGAAGUACGGUGACGUGGUUCGUCUCGGUCCGAAUACCGUCAGUGUUGCAGAUGCAAGCCUGCUCAAAACGAUAUACUCAACCCGCGGCACGUUCCUAAAGAGCGACUAUUACUCUGUCAACGAUGCUCUCCAAGGCGGCCAUCUCAUCCAGAACCUCUUCAGCACCCGCAGCAAUGAGUAUCAUUCUAGAGGAAUCAAACCAAUCCAGAAGCUGUACAGCUUCCAGAGCGCCCUGCAGUUGGAGCCACUCAUGAACGCAGACCUGCAUGUCUUUGGCAGGGAGCUCGAGCGGCGAUUCAUGGACGGUGACAACCGCGGCAAGGCGUGUGACAUGGCUGCGUGGAUCUCGUACUUUGCGUGGGACUUUCUCGGCGACAUGACUUGGAGCAAGCGCAUGGGCUUCAUGGAGCAGGGCAAAGAUGUCGGCGGCAUGUUGCAGACGGCUGAGAAUGUGAUGCGCUACUUUUCCGUUGUCGGACAGAUGCCGUCCCUCGACAAGCUGCUGGGCAAGAACUUGCAUCUCACGCGGUUCUACAAGUUCGACGACUUCGCCGUCGCCGCCGGCUAUGCAGUCGAGCAGUUCAUGGAGCGCAUGGCCAACCUCUCGCAGUACAAAGACAAGAGGGAUUUCGUCAACGGCUUCCUCGCCGCAAAGGAAGAACAUGCCACCACCGUCACCGAUAAUGAAGUCAUCGGAUACAUGAUCCUCAACAUCCUCGGCGGCGCAGACACGCUCGCCAUCUGCACAAAAGCGACCUUCUACCACCUCCUCAAGACCCCAGCCGCAAAGGAGAAGCUGGUGACCGAGCUGCGAAGCGCAGACCUGGCGCACCCAGCGCCCUACCAGGCCCUCGAGAAGCUACCCUACCUCGACGCCUGCAUCAAAGAAGGGCUGCGCAUGCACCCAGUCAUCGGGCACAUGGUGGAGCGUGUGGUGCCAGCCACGGGGCUCACGCUCGCCGACGGCACUGUGCUGCCGCCCGGGACCAUCGUCGGCGCGAACCCGUGGGUGGUGCACACUGACACGCGCAUCUUCGGCGACGACGCGGACGCGUUCCGGCCCGAGCGCUGGCUACGCGGUGCGGACGAGAGUGAAGCGGGGUUCGCGGCGCGGCUGAAGAGGAUAAAGGAGGCGGACAUGGCGUUUGGAGGCGGGAAUCGUGCGUGUCUGGGCAGGCCGCUGGCGCUGGUCGAGUUGUACAAGGUGGUGAGCUUUGUGUUUGCGAAGUAUGAUAUUGAGCUCGAGGAUCCGGCCAAGGAGUGGGAUCUGCAUAAGCAGUGGUUUGUGUGGCCGCACGACGUCAAGGUUAUAAUGAGCCCGGUCGAGGAGAAAGAAGAGGUGGCGGUGUAG